AUGGAUAUCAACAUUCAACCAAGCGAUGGCAAUGCAUUCCAAAUUGAAAUUGGCUACUUUGACACAGUGUUAGAGAUGAAAGAAAAAAUCCAAAAGGUGAAGGGAAUCCCUAUAACCAAACAAACCCUAGUUUUUAAUGGCAAUGUUCUACAGGACGAACUCAAUGUCCACUACUCAGAUAUCCUCGACCAGUCCUACAUUCAGCUGAUCGUUGCUGGAGAACUUUCCCAAAAAAAGAUCCAACUCCUCGUCAAAAUGCAGACAUCAAAACUGGGAUUGGCGCUCGAAAUGGACGUUAAAGAAACAAUCCGAACGCUAAAGGAGAAAAUCCAAGAUAUAGAAGGGAUCCCUGCUAAGAAAUUGGUUAUCCAUGCAAAUGGGAUUGAGUUACAUGAUUCAAAAUCGCUACAAGAUUGUGAGCUUUCUGAUAAUUCAGAAAUCGAUGUGAGUUAUCGAUCAUCUUUGACAACAACUAUAUCAGGAUCAUCAGGAGAUAUGGGUAGUGGAUCAAGAAAACUGAGGAUUAUUGUUGUGACAAAAUGUGGGACUAAAAGGAUUCCAAUUCAUGUAAAUGCUUGGGAUAUUGUUGGGGAUGUGAAGAAUAAGCUACACAAAUUGAAUGAAAAGUUGCAGUUGGAUCUUCCACAAGAAGGCUAUUUUUUCAUUUACAAACAAAAUGUGAUGGAUGAUGAUCGUUCUUUUAGGUGGCACCAAGUUUGCCAAGGUGAUACUAUCGAAAUCUUCAAUGGGAGGCUUUCUGGCGGAUCAUAA